ACUGCUCGUGGCUGCUCCGUGUUGCGCUGCGUCAGGAUCAGAGGACGCAAAUCAAGUGAAACAAAUCUUCCGAGAGGAAAAAAGUUCAUGCUGGAGUUUUCAGGGAGCUCCGAGAGCCACAUGAAGUCCAAGCCGAACAUGGAGAAUUUGACUAAGCCAGAGUUGCUGAUGCUCUUCAGCAUCCUGGAGGGAGAGCUGGAGGCCCGGGACCUGGUCAUUGAAGCCCUGAAGGCCCAGCAUAAAGAGCUGUUCAUCCAGGAGCGCUAUGGCAAGUAUAACCUGAGCGACCCCUUCUUAGCCCUGCAGAGAGACAGCGAGACCGUGGGGGGCCAGAACAAGGACCCAGGCUGCUCCUCCUCCACCUCUAACCCUCUUGUAGUCCUCAAAUUGGUGGUGAGUCACUGCAGGAGGAUGCAGGAGAAGAUGUUGGCCCAGCUGGCUGCAGCUGAGAGCAGGCACAGACGGGUCAUUGCAGAUCUGGAGGAGGAAAAACGGAGGCACGCUGAGGACACGGCGGAGGGAGACGAUGUCACUUACAUCCUCGAGAAGGAGAGGGAGCGCCUACAGCAACAGCUGGAGUUCGAGCGCGGCCAGGUCCGCCGACUGGAAAAGGAGCAGCGGCGGCUUGCUGAGCAGCUGGAGGAGGAGCGGGCCCAGCACAAGCAGCUCACCUGCGCGCUGGCCAAAGACUGCAAGUGGGCGAGUUCCCAAGCCCUGAAGGAGGGACACCGGCUGAACAAGCUGAACCUCAAACUCGACAAGGAGAAGGAGACGUGCGAGGCGCUGAGGCAGGAGUUGGAGGACGAGCGGCAGAGAGCCCUGAGGAUGGAGGCGAGGGUGGAGGAGCAGCUGGCGGAGUUCGACACGGAGCGGCAGCAGCUCCGCUCCCGGUUGAAGAAGGAGGAAGCCCACGGCUGUCAGCUACAACAACAGGUGGAAGAGCUGAAGAGGAAGCUGGAGGAGGUGAACGUGACCAGAAAUGGAGCUAAGGAGUGGGCCACAAAACUCCCUCCGGGAAAGACGGUGCUGGACACGAUGAAAGUUGAGGACAUUGAGGAAGACGGCGGCGAGUCAGCAGCGCAGCCAAAGACCAACGGUCACCACUGUCCAGUGGAAACCAAUGGAUACUAUGGUCCACAUGACGCCUGCCUACAGAAUGGGAAUGAAAACGCUCCAGUUCAGACCCAGAUGCCUUUCGCCGCUCACCCACCUUCCUCCCCCUCCACCUCACCUGUCCUCGCCACACGCCCACCAGGCCACUCCAGUCCUGCUGGUUACCAGUCUCCCUACCAGGCUGGGAUCAACCAGCGCUUCCAUGCGGCUCGACACAAGUUCCAGGGUUCCGCCGACCCAGAACCGCCGUCCCAAGCCACAGCGGCGGCUCUUCCCCCCUCCCCGAAGGAGCCGCCGCCGGCGACCAGCACCCCCCCGGAAGCCAGUCCGGUCAAGCAAAUGGCCCGGAGCACAGUCACCCAGGUGCUGUCCCGCUUCACCACCGUCCAGCAAAGCGUCACACCGAAGCUGGCAGCGCCAAACAGUUCCCCCUUCGGCACAGACUACCGUAGCCUAGCAGCGCCUUUGUCCCCAGUGAUUGGAAGGGCUGCAGCGGCGCUCCCACAGGGCAUCAGGUCACCCACCAUUCCUAGAGCCGACAGGGGCAACCCCCCACCCAUCCCCCCCAAGAAGCCCGGUCUGGCCCAGGCCCCCCCGUCCCCGGCUGCGGUCCCCAGGUCGGCCGCUCAUUACGCUGACAGCCCCCUCUCAGGCAGCUGCGGCCUUACCUCCGCACAGGACUCCGUCAAAGAACUGGACAUGGUGGUUUCAUCGAAUUGAUGAUCCCGAUUUGCCGCAUCUCAACAAUAACGUCCUCUGCAUCACAGGAUUCACUCCAGCUGUUAAACUGAACAGAGGUCUCCUCAAACACUGUUACUGUAUGCUGUUUGUAUUUAUUUAGUUUGUGCGGAGGCAGCAUUGUAGGUAUCAGUCAAGGGCCUGGCACUAAUUUGCAUUGUUGUGGACUGUCUUUUUUAUGGCAUCACUAAUAACCAACUUAUUAAAACAAAGGAAGGGUGUUCAUGUUUUUGUCAUUUUUCACACGACACAUAAAAAGACAAGCACUGAAAAGCAUUGUCUAGUACAAUAGCGUUGUUGUGCCAUAGAACAUCAAUAAGGUUUAACAGCUGUGGAGCCUCGUUUACACCACAGGAUGACAACAAACUUCACUGUGAAGGUGAUGUUUUGAGUAGAGAGUAAGAAAAGUAAAGGCUUAAAAGCUUGUCAGCAACAAAGACAAAUCAACCUAAACAUCUGUGUUCUUAUGAACUAGUUUCAGCUCAAACAUUGUCUUAACUUUCCAUGACUCAGCAACUGUAGUCAUUUUAUGUAUGUGUUGACAAGCACACAUAGAAAACCCUGUUCCUUUAACCUGCGUUUAUUCUUUUAUACCCAGUUAUAUUGUUUGUUAAGACAAUUAUGUAUUCUUCAGACCAAGUUUAAAUCAUUCAUAUUAAUAUGCUGCAUAGUAUUUUGUUGUAUAGAAACAGUCAUUUUUAUACAAAUGUAUAGUUUAUUACUUUAGUUAUUAUUGUACAAUAGUUUUAUAAUCUGGCAAUCAGUGUUGUACUGCACGUUGUUUAUGUAUUAUGUUAAUGUUGCACAAAGUCAGUACAAAUUACAAGCUACAAUACAAAGAUUAACAACAGCCACAUUUGUAAAGUGUUUGUGUAAAAUUGUUGAUCACGAUGAACGUCUUUUCCUGUCAUUUCCGAGAAACCUUUAUAAAAUGCAGCAUUUUAUACUUCAUGGCUUUGAUUAAUAUAACAGCUGCCACAUCUGUUCUCCCUUCUUGCAUCGGGUCCUUUGAAGAAGUACUGUAAAUGCUGGAAAGUGACAGACUUAAUAAAUUAAGCCCAAAGGCUA